UAAAUGCAUUCACUUCCGAUCUCUCCGCCAUAAAUAUAGUCUCUUUCUAGCUUUAGUUGCUAUCUCUAUUCUCCACUUUCAAUGGCGACGUUUCUAUCCAUCAUCCGUCGAGUGUACCUCACUCUCUACAACUGGAUCGUCUUUGCUGGAUGGGCUCAGGUUUUGUACUUUGCCGUGAAGACGUUGAAGGAAACUGGACAUGAAAAUGUCUAUGACGCUGUGGAGAAGCCUCUCCAGCUUGCUCAGACUGCCGCCGUUCUUGAGAUUUUUCAUGGAUUAGUAGGUUUGGUCAGAUCACCUGUUUCUGCAACUCUGCCACAGAUUGGUUCAAGGCUGUUUCUCACUUGGGGCAUCCUUUACAGCUUUCCAGAGGUCCAAUCACAUUUUCUUGUUGCGUCACUGGUCAUAAGCUGGUCUAUCACGGAGAUCAUUCGUUACUCCUUCUUUGGUCUUAAGGAAGCUCUAGGCUUUGCACCUUCGUGGCACUUGUGGCUCAGAUACAGUAGCUUUUUAGUGCUAUACCCGACCGGUAUCACCAGUGAAGUAGGUCUUAUCUACCUUGCGUUACCACACAUCAAGACGUCUGAGAUGUACAGCGCUAGGAUGCCUAACACAUUGAACUUCUCAUUCGACUUCUUCUAUGCAACAAUACUCGUCCUCGCAAUCUAUGUACCAGGUAGUCCACACAUGUACAGGUACAUGCUUGGUCAGCGUAAGAGAGCUCUCUCCAAAUCUAAGAAGGAAUAGAGAGGAGACCAGUAGCUCUUCAACUGAUUUUCUUCUCUUGUGUUUCUUUCAUUGUACUUCUCUUUGUUACACUUUUAAGUCUUUCUUUUUCUUUAGUUCCUUGGUGAUUAUUUGAAGUUAUCCAGGUUACUACUACAUUAAGUUUAAUGCAAUGUCUAAAUUAAUACGGAAGUUUUCACGAA